AAAUUAUUGAAAAGAGCAGCCCUACCCACUCCUCUCGCGCGAGAACACCUUCGACGGCGAUUCUUCCGGCAAAAUCCUUCGGCGGCGGCAGCAGCUUCAGAGGAUCGGCGACACAUUUGGGUGAGUGAAGGUUGGUUCGCACGUGACGGCGAUUCUUUCGUCAAAAUCCUUCGGCCCCGGCACCAUCGACGGCGGCGACUUCAGCGGCGGCAGCAGCUUCAAACGUAAAAUGUCCAAGGAGGAGAGCUUUGAAGUUGAUUUAACAACUGACUGCAGCCCCAAAUCUAGUAAGAAAAGAGCAAAAAGAAGAAAAAACAAAAAUAAGCAGUUAUUGAUGGAAGAUGCAGAUAUCAUGGAAAUGAAAGAAGUAGGAUCUGUUCAGCUGGGGGAAAGCAACAUAAACUUUGAUAGUGACAAAGUAAAAAAGAAGAAAAAGAGAAAGAAGAGUCCUCAACAAUGUGUAGAGGAGAGCUCUGUCAAGGAUGAGGCAGGAGAAUAUGAAAAUAGAGCAGAGACUUUUAUGAAAGAGGGUAGUACUUUCUCUAAUGGUGGAAGUGAGAAAUUUUUUGAAAAGAGGAAAAUUGCAUUGGAAGAUGCUGAGAAUGAAAGGUCUAGCAGCAUAGUCAGAGAAAACUCUGGAGAGAAGAUUCUAGAGUCGAACAAUGGAAAAGCAGAUCAAAGAAAUAUUAAGAGGAAGAAACGGCUCUUAAAGGAAACAACAAAUGCAGAUAUGCGUGGUAUUUGUUACUUGAGCCGCGUUCCUCCACACAUGGAUCCUUUGAAACUUCGUCAGAUCCUCUCACAGUAUGGGGAAAUACAAAGAAUUUAUCUUGCACCCGAGGAUGCUGCAAGUCAAGUUCAACGAAAGCGUUCCGGAGGGUUUCGAGGACAGUUUUUCUCAGAAGGAUGGGUUGAAUUUACUGAUAAAAGAGUUGCCAAGAAGGUGGCUAAUAUAUUGAAUGGUGAACAGAUAGGAGGAAGGAAGAGGUCAUCUUUCUACUAUGAUCUCUGGAACAUCAAAUAUUUGAGUAAAUUCAAGUGGGAUGAUCUCACUGAAGAAACUGCUUACAAGCAUGCCAUUCGGGAGCAGAAACUGGCUUUAGAAAUUUCUGCUGCCAAGAGGGAAAGGGAUUUCUAUCUUGCGAAAGUUGAUAAAUCACGUGCAUUGAAUUCCAUUGAAGAACGGCUAAAGAAGAAGCAGAAGUUGCGAGAAGAUUCAGAAAUGAAAUCUACACUUGCUGAUAGCCAGAAACUUCCAAAGUUGAUACGCAGCUUCCCACAAACACAACCAGUUGCAGAUUCUACAGUACAAAACAAGCAGAGACUGUCUACAAAUGUUCUGGCUGGGGUGUUUGGAAGUUCCUAGUCGUCUAUUUUCCAACCGCUGGAUUUACUAUCUAGAGACAUGGUUUUUUGUAGGCAGAGCCGAGCAAUAUUUGACGUAUCUCAUUACCCAACAGAGAAGGUGGAGAAGGAAUAGUUGUAGCUUUGAUAUUUGUAUUUGAUAAUUUUGGUAGGAAGCAUAGCCAAGUGAUGAAUCAUGAGGCAAGAGAAAAUUUUGAUCUUUUCUUGUAUUUAAAUUAAUUUUAACAAAGGUACAACCAAGGGUGUUGGAAUUUCAACACCAAAUGAAUAAUCUUAAAGAAAUUAAUUAGAGUUUGUCAAU